GUUUUAUAUUAUCAAAAAUAUAUUUUUUGUGGUAUUUGUUAUGGUAUUCAAGAACCAGGAUUGGAAAAAGCAUCUAAAAAACGAAAUUUACAAUUAUAUAAUUAUAUAAAACAACUCUCUGAUGUUGAAGAAAAGGGCGAUCCCGUUUUAAUCAUUAUCCCAAAUCCUCAAUGGGUCAAUCAACGUGUAAAGAAAGCUGUUAUCACGGUUCCUGCAUAUUUCAAUGUCUCGCAACAAGAGAUGCUGGCUACAACUAGUGACACCCAUUCAGACGGUGAAGACUUUGAUAAUAACCUGCCGGAAUAUUUUAAACAAGAAUUUAAACAGGAUCACACCGAAUGCUGUGAUGGUGUGAUACCAUCUGAUGAACAUCUUGGUCUUGAUGAUAUGUCGUGUGGUAUUACCGCAGUCACAGAGCCGUCGGCCAUCUUCACCUACGCAAC